GAAGGGAGGCGCAGCGGCCUUAGGCUUUGUGAUGCUGAUGAUCACUACGCAGAACAUUGCUGUGGUGAAAGCCGUUGAGGCUCAGGUCAACGAGUACGUUGUAUGGUUCCUAGUUUUCGCGGCUGGAAAGUUGAGCAUUUUGGCAGUCUGGCGGUCUUUCCAGUCUAUUUGCCACAUCCAGCUAACAGAGGCGUACUUGGUGCAUGCAAGGUGCAUCGAGAAUGCACCAACCGUGGUGUACAUGGACUAUGCACUGGCCUUUGCCAUCUUCUCGUACACCCUAAUUGUCGGCAUUAGCCUUGUGGCAACUUUUAGCAGCUUCACAGAUGCCUUCAGACUGGUUGCAGUGGUUAUUGGAUGCUUUGCUGGUCCAGUCAUCAGCCUCCUCCUGAAGAUCAGGGCUAGCGGAGAGGCUGAUGAAGUAGCCGCGUUAAUGAAGAUGGUGCCCGCGGAUUUCAAGCGUUUUAUUGUGGGAUCGGAAGAUGCUCGAAGUCCUGGUAGUUCUGGCUCUCCUGGGCCAUCCUGGUGUUUCGCUGGCUGGGAGGAUGUCAUUAAAGCUGGUCGGCAAGAUAAAGAGCCCCUA